GUGUGCAAGCAUGAGUGGUCACUGAAUGGUUUGGUGAGCAUGAAAAUGAUGUUACCCAUAUGCCAUGGCUGCCUCAGUCACUAGAUCUCAACACAAUUUAACAUUUAUGGGAGAUUCUAGAGACAUUUUGAUAGGUGUAAAUGGUUGGUGCCGGUAGGGCAAAAACGAUAACAUCAAAUCUUGUCAAUGGAUGAGUCAUGAAGUGGUGGGCUGUGCUGUCCACUCUCGGUUUCGCUCGAGGUAGCAAUUUACAACGGCUGCUACGAUUCCGUUCCUUAUCGCCUCACUGGCAAGCUCACCCGAUGACAUUCCAUUUGUUUCCCUCUUCUGUGAAAACCUUUUCAAACACUCUUGACAGGUAGCUUGUGGAAUGGAGUUUAGAGUUGAGCGAAGGAGGGUGGGGUUUGCUGCGCGGCCUAGCUCGACGUGCUGUAUGUCUGUAUUCACAAUGAGCUCCGCCCAGCCAGCGAACUGGUUUGGGGAGCUCUCCUGAGCUGAAUCAUUCUAGAGAGUUUGAGGGUGUACCCAGAGCUGAGACGGUGAACAAGCCUCCCCCCCAAGGUGACCACAGAGGGACAGGAUGCCCGUCCCUCCUCCUCCCCCUCCUCCUCCAGGACUGCCCCCUCCCUCCACCUCCAACCAGGCGAACACUAGAGCACCUAAGUUGAAUCGGGAUGAGGCGAAGGGGAGAGGAGCGUUGCUCUCUGACAUCUCCAAAGGAGCCAGGCUGAAGAAGGUUGGAGUGGUCAAUGACCGAAGUGCACCUAUUAUAGAGAAACCAAAGGAAAGUGGUGGUGGCUGUGGUAGAGGAGGAGGGAGCAGUGGUGGGUCAGGGGGAGGCCCUGGAGGCCUUUUCGCUGGGGGCAUGCCAAAACUACGAUCAGUUGGAGCUGGAGACGCCUCAGUGGGCAGAUCCGCCCUGCGUCCCCCAGGCUCCAGACCUGCAGCCCCCCGACCCACCCCAGGCCGCUCUACCUCCCCUUCCCCAGGAGACAAACCCUCCCCAAGUGAUAAACCUUCACCACCGGAGCCCCAGCGCUCCCACCACCCCUCUCUCCCUGACAUCUCCCGCCCCUCAACCAGUGCCAGCUCCUCCCACUCCUCCAGUGGGGGCAUGAAGCACAGUACUUCAGGCUCAGCUCCGCCCCCUCCUUCAGGCAUGAAACAUAGCACAUCAGCUCCACCUUCUUCGACAGGGGCCAUGAAGCCCAGCACAUCCGUCCCAGCUCCUCCCCCGCCAUUUAACCGAGGUGGUUACCGCAGCAAUGUCCCGUCAACCCCGCAACAAAAGGCCCCAGUAGGCAUCAGUAACAGCCGGGAGAAGCCCCUCCCCCCGCCGCCCCAAAAAGGCCCGGCUCCGCCCAGUUCUGGCGCUCCUCCUUCAUCAAGACUGCCUCCUUCCUCCACGCGGCCGCCCACUGGUGGGUCCUCGGCGCCCCCUCCGCCCCCACCUUACAGGCACUCCAUGGGCCCCAUGGGGGACCAUGGUGGAGAUGGGGCUCCGAAACUUCCCCAGAGGCACAACUCUCUGCACAAGAAGAACACCUCAGGCGGAAGCUACAGCGGACGCAAUCAUGCACCUGCUCCACCCCCCUCGCCAUCUCCAGGACUUCCAGGCGUUGGCAGACCACCCCCACCUGCCAGAGAGCCCCCCAGCAAGAGAUCAGGUGGGCUCCAAUCAAGUUGUAGAAACAUCUCAAGGAUGAUCAAUGGAAAACUGCUGCACCUGAGCUCAAUUCCGAGUCUCAUAGCAAAGGGUCUGAAGACGUAUGUAAAUAAGCCCCUUCUGCACCCAAUCCUGGGUCACGAAAUGGGGGUGGUGGGCACGCCCCUCUUCCCCCCCCCCUACCGGAUCCACAGUGCUAUCACUCCCAACACCACCUCCUCUGAGCCACCCCACCACACGCGGGGGCCCAGGCCCCCUCCACCCCCUUCAUCUUCCUCCCGCACCGGACCCCCGCCGCCUCCCCCGCCCAUCCGCAACGGAUACUCCUCAUCCUCCAAGUCCAAUAUAGAGGAUUUUGAGUCCAAGUUUGACUUCCACCCAGUGGAGGACUUCCCAGCCCCUGAAGAAUAUAGGAAUUUCACCAAGAUCUACCCCAGCAAAAGCAAUAAACCUGGACCUGGCAUGAUCCGAGGAGUACCUCCAGCGCCACCGGUGGCUAGGUGAACUAUGGAACUCGGGAACAAAAUGACUUUAAUUAAUAACUCAGUCUAAUCAGAGGACGCUCAGGGGAGUGGCGUGACACUCGAAACACAUACAUGUCUAAACAUAGACACUUUAUAUGACCACAAGGAAACAAGUCAACCCCAAACGUUAUAGAAAAUUCAAUAGUCUUGUUAGACGCUACGUUUUUAUAAAGCCCUACACUACCAUUCGCUCUCUUUUGCACAAACACUUCAGACACUUCUGUUUCAGCAUGAUGGAACAAAUCCACUCUGAACUGAGGUGCUGAAGAACAGACCUGUUUGACUGUUGUGGACACAAGCGUUGCAUUGAUUAUACUUUAUAGCAGCAGGACCAACUAAGAAUUCUGCAUUUCAUCUUUUGAAAUGUGUGCAUAAUCCACGGUAAUGAUGUUGUUGAUGAUUUCCUGCGAUUUAUGAAUGAUGUUUUUAAACUGUUCUAUUGUUAACUGCAGUAACUGUGCCAUCAGUGGGAAAAUAUAGGACACACACCGUUGCCAACAAUGCGUUGUGUCAAUUGGUGUACGUGGUGGUUUUUUAAAUGCCCUUCUUGAUGUGCCAAUAGGUGGGUGGAGUAGAAUGAGGGGCCUCUCACACUUAAAGCUGUUGUUUGGAUCACACAGAAAUUGCUUAGUUUUUAGGUAUCUUGUUUUUCAUUACUUUGAGUAAUGAAAUGGGGACAGGAGAAAUUACUUGAAUGCUUGUCAUGUUAUGAGAGGUUGAGUCUUGCUGACAGUGAGUAACAGUCUUUACAUUGUGUGAGGGGCAUUCCCAAUUAGAUAUUUUUAAUUCUUCCUCAUGGCAUUGCUCUGUGGCAGCAUUAACUGCUUAACCGUGGUUUAUGAUUGCCAUGUUUUUACACUAGAGAACAGAAAAUGCUGCUCUGAUUGGUUGCAUUCUAGGUUUAUCUGAAACAAAAACACUAUGAAAUGCUUCAGGGAUCUGCCGCUCUUCUUUAAUGAGCAUUAGCUGCCAAAGCUCCUUUACUUUAUUGAUUAAGGAAGGUGUUUGAGAGUACUGUAUGAAAUUCUACUUUCACUUUAUUCAAUGCUGUCCCUGUUUCUUGCCACAAGGGGGUGAUCAUGGUUAAAUUAUUACCCUCAUUCCUUUCUUUGGACCAAGGGUAGUUUUGUAGGGCUGUUAGUCAUUCAACCCCAUCUUUCAGGAGUUCCUUCAAGGAACAAAAAAAAUGUAAUCUCUUUUUUAAAAACUAAAAUAUUUGAUUUUACUGCUGGUGGCCCUUUUGGAAUAGACCGUAUCAUGGCCAGAGGGAAACAAUAGUGCUUGAGUUUUUAAUGCAUUCCUAUGCAAGGAACAGUUUUGUAUGUAUUCUCACUUCUCGUUGGUAGCAUCUAACCAAAAAGGAAACACCUAAGUGCCAGGGGAAUGUGUAGGGCGAAGUUGCUGAUUUGGGGUCUGUUUUCUAUAUUCCCUACUAAUGCUUAAGGUUAGGAUUGGGGAAGGGAAUCUUAUCCUAGAUCUGUACCUAGGGGAAACAUCACCUGGAGCACCAGGGAACUAUUUAGGCAGAGUAGGCCCCAUAAAUGUCAUCAUGGUGGAUUUAUAUAAUUUUUAUGACUUAUGAGCUCCCUAAAUGUGUGCUACCUAAAUGUAAUGACAGUAGUUAUUUCUGUUACGAUUCCACUACAGUGAAAGAAAGCUUCAUGAGAAUAGAUUCCUUUUCUCUUCUCCAUUCCUUUUAUGUAGUCCUCAGGCUGGUUGUUGCCUUACAUAUCUGUCAUACUUAUUGGUACCAGUGCAUUUGUAAAAAAAAAAAUAUAUAUAUAUAUAUAUAUAUAAUUUUUAAUUAUACUCACUUUUUAUAUUAAAAAUGCAAUAAUUAAUGUAUAUUUACAUAAAGUAUGAGGAAUAUGGAAAUUGUAGUUAUCAAUAUUUUAAUGUUUGUAAAAAAGCUUGUAAUAUAGGGAGUAAAUUGAUUAAAAGGUUUAUCAACAGGCCAGUUGUGGGAGUUGUCUGACAGCCAGAGAGACUGGUCUCUUUGCAGCACUUCUCUAUAUGCCUGACUGUGUGUAACUUAUUAUUAUAUUAUGUAAUUGAUGGAUAUGUUCUGUCUCACACAGGUGAGUCAUUGACUGUUAUUCUCAUGUUCUCACCCUGUUCAUUCCUACCAUGGUCAUUUCACUUGUUAAUCAACCAUGUUUUAUCAUUUUGAAAUAAAUAUAUGAUUUUGGGGGGGAAAAGGGGUA